UAACUGUUGGGUUUCUUAUAGCGGGCGGUUGAGACAUUGAAUGUAGUGUAGGAUCAGCCGUGUUAUCGUUGUAGAGUGGCGAUGACAGAAACAUAGGUGGUAGCAGCUGGAAGUAAAGGAAAAGUAUUUAUGUGCGGAAUACGCUGACAGUAGAUUAACUCUUCGCUUUUGUUCGGAAAUAGUUAGCAAUGGGAGAACCACCUGCUGGAGGUGGAGGAGGAACAAAGGGAGACAGUGCCGGAACUGACUAUGACUACUUAAUUAAAUUCUUGGCAUUGGGUGACUCAGGUGUAGGCAAGACCAGUCUGCUAUACCAGUACACUGACAACACCUUCAAUGGUAGAUUCAUCUCCACAGUUGGUAUAGAUUUCCGUGAAAAGCGUGUGGUUCAUAGAGUUCCUGGACCUGAUGGGUCAAUGGGUCGCAGUCAGAGAGUUCUGCUGCAGAUGUGGGACACAGCUGGUCAAGAACGGUUUCGAAGUCUUACAACAGCAUUUUUCCGAGAUGCAAUGGGAUUUCUCCUGCUCUUUGAUCUGACAAAUGAGCAGUCAUUUUUGAAUACACGAAACUGGCUAAGCCAGCUACAGACCCAUGCUUACUGUGAAAACCCUGAUGUUAUUCUUUGUGGCAACAAAGCUGAUCUGGAGGACCAGCGUAGAGUAUCUGAAGACAAAGCAAGAGAAAUGGCUGAGAAAUUUGGACUGCCAUACUUUGAGACCAGUGCUGCAACAGGCUUAAAUGUAGCAAAGUCAGUGGAGUGUCUGCUGGAUAUGGUGAUGGCUCGCAUGGAGCGCUGUGUUGACAAGUCGCAGCUGCCAAAGGGAAAGAAUGCUUUGAACAACAACUCCAACAAGGGACUCAGAUACAAUGACCACUCUUCAGAUGGAGGCUCUUGUGCAUGUUGAAUAUUUUAUUGUUGUUUUUAACUUUGACUGCUUGGUUAUUUAUCUGCAUGUGGUCUCUUGCAUUUUAUCAAAAUAUAUUUUUGUGAUUGUGAUCACUUUUUCAAGUAAGAGAUGUAAUCUCAAUGUAUGUUCAGUUACCAUAGAAACAAUUAUUAGUUUUAUAGAAGCAAAACAACACAUAUUACUUGAAUUUUCAGAAAGCACUUGUGACUAGGUAAGUUCUCAGAAAGACUUAAUUAAUAAUACUAAUAGCAAUGAAAAUAAGAAACUCCUCUCUGUUCAAAGCUCAUUCUGAUGAAGUAACUUUUUAUGUCCACUUUUGAGCAGGCAAGCAACAUAGAAUAAUUUAAAGUCUACUAAUAAUGAAAAAUAACCGUUCUUAUAGAUUACACCAUGAAAGUCAUGUUUCCAUUUCAUCUUAAUGUCAUCAUUAUUUUUAUCAUUAUUGUUUUAUUUACUUUACCUGAAUAAAUAGACAAUGCUUAAAGUGUAUCAUCGCAAGGCUAUAUUGAAUCCACAUGAUUUAAAGUAGAUUUGUCCAAUAUUUUUUCUGCUGUUGGCAGUAAGUCAAACCUGGAUAAGGUAAAUGAGGAUGCACAUGUAUCCAUGCAGAGCAUACACAUGUUCUCAUUUGAUGCUUGAAAUCUAAAAUUUUGAAUAUAAAUAAAGGCCCUAUAGCAAUAGGGAAUGUAUGGACCCAGGGACCCACGUAAAUGAAUGAUACAGCAUGAGGCAUUGGUACAUGGACCUAUUGAUGUAAGUCAUAAGAAAUAAAAUGUCUUAAAAUUUUUGUUACUAUUAGUUUGUAAUUAUUUGUUAGUUUAUUAUUUUUUUUGUCAUGAUUUUGUUGUUGAAAGUGGAGGAGGGGCUAAAAGUUUUCACACAUCAUAUUCUGCUGAAGAAUACAUCCUCUGUUUUCCUUCAGAAAUCAUGAAUAAAAAUAAAUGCAAAAAUGAAAAUCAUGGACCUUUCUAGGUUAUUACUCUAACCCAACCUUCACAGGUUUUAUGUGCUUUACAAAGAAAAUAGGAAAUACAUAUACAAAUGCAUAUGUAUACCUGUACACACAUAAUAUUGGGCAUAGGUGGAAGGAUGGGUAGGUGGGUGGGACCCAUUUUAACAAGGUUUUUAAUGCUUUUCUGGAGAGCAGCUAGAAGCAAAAUUGUCAGAAUUAUGUAAAUUUUAAAAUCUCAUUACUAUUUUCAUUUAUGGAGUUUGUUUACAUUUUGACUGCUGACUUCGUACUACAUCACUAAUUCUUUAUUCGUAAUGCCUCAUCAUAUUAAUCAGAUGAGUAUUUGUAUCAAUUUGAUGUUCUUGCAGUAUAUGCCUUUUUAGGGGUGGGAAGGGAAAGAUUUGCUGUAUCACUUUAAAAUUUACUUUUAAAAUUGAAUGCUUCAUUAUGUUAGGUCUCUUUUAUUUAUAUAAAUUUUUUAAGUUAGCCAUUUUGCAAAUGGCAUGCCAUGUUAUUUUUCUUUGACUAAUUGUGGUGCAGUUUUAAUGUAGCAUAAUUUUGCAGCCUAGCUGACCAGCACAUUUUGUGGGUAUUGUUAAAUUAGUAUUUGCAAUUGAGUCAUAGAGGCUGUUUAUUACUGUGGAUUACAUUUUUUUUAUUAGAGUAUAUACAGUUUCAGAUUUAAACAUGGCUAGUUUUACAAGAAUUAGGUUGGGUUUCCAUGUUUUAAAAAUUAAGACAUUUUCUGCAUGGUUCAUCAAGUUUUUAAAAAUUAUAAGCAUACAUUUUACUGCGAUUUUAAAGUACAUUUCAUUUUAAUUAUUAAACUUUAAUUAACAAUUUUUUUCUUUUCUAAAACCUCAGGAAACCUUUCAAUUUCUUAAAGAUUAAGACACAUUUAAUUUCUACUUUUGCUUUGAGAAAAUUAUUAGGCAUAUGUGCAAUUCUUUUUUUUUUCUUAUUUUUCUUAUGCACAUGCAGUUCAUCAGUUGUUGGCAUGUGCACUUGCAUAAGGUAGAAGUAAUUAAGAUUCAUAAGAAGAUAUGAAUACUGUUUUAUCUUGCCUAGUUUCAUUUCAUUUAACAUGGACGAAUUGACAUAACUGAGCUGUAGCUAUGAAGGUGUUCACAUCUGUGGAUGCGAACUGCAUAGGCCAUAGGAAGAGUUACGAAAAAUGCAUUGUUAUGAAAAACUAAAUUGAUUGGAUGAAAUUCUGGUCUGAGAGAAGUUCUAACAUGAUCUUAUCUGACUGGGAAGAAAGAAGUUUAAAUUAUUUUGUCUUGUGAAGUACUAAUACAAAUCAAUAAAUCAAUGGCUAAAUUUUUCUUCAGAAUACAGCCAACAAAAUCAUAAGAAAAAUAACAUGCGUUUAUGGUUGAUUUUCUUGUUCGUAAAUACUUGUAACAGACUGCAAUAGUAUCUGAGACAUUAACUCUAGGAGUUUGUGAAAGAAUCUGAAAUAGUUAUACAUUCCAAAAAUACACUCCUUUCUUUUAUAUUUGGUUGGUAGUGUUUGUAAAAAGCUUGUUGUUUAUUUAAAUAAUUAUAUAUUUGAGAAUUGUAUUUUGUUGUGUACUUAAUUUAGUUAACCAUGAAAAACGGACCAGAAGCAUAAUUAUAAUGUAACUUAAAGGAAAAUUUAUGCAUGAAUUUGUCAAACUUUUAUAAUUAAAAAGUGUAUGCUACAUGUAAACAAUUAUUGCUAUAAUUGUAUUUUUCAUUAAACAUUUUUGUAUAAGCUAAACUAGAUAUAUUUUUUAAAGCAACCAUUUUAUUUGUUGAAGUAAUGUUUAUUUUUGUUUACUGCUGUUCUGUCCUUAGGUUUCUUUUUUGAACCAGUGUGCAUUUUUUUGGCAUUUCAAAAAAAAAUUGUCUAUUUAUGUAUGCUUGAUAUGUUAAUUUAAAAACUUAUGUAUUAUAAUUUUAUUUUGACACAUUUCAUUAUCAUUGAGGUCACUAAUUAAAAAGCAUUAUUUUGUUUAAAGUGUCCAGAUGAGAUCGCAGCACAUUCUAUAGAUAUAACAGCAAAAUGCCUAUAUCAGGAAACUAUGAUUAUAGCGAAACAUCUGUUGAAAUCAUGUUACUGUUUUAUAAUUAUUUAAUUAAAUGUCUACAUCUAAAAGUUGGUUUUUAACUAUUUAUUAUUAUGGUCAAGAUAAUCAUAGGUAUAUAGUGAAAAAUCUCAAGAAUAUAUACAAAUGGAUGUUAGUCCACAACCUUAUGUGUAAUCUCUAUACGGAUAGUGAAAUGUGUUAUCCAUUGUUGAGUGUUUGAUGUAGGGAUGUCUUAUAUUAUUGAAACCCAUCUGGAAGACAUCUUUAAUAAUGUUUACAUAUGUUAAUGUGGUUUGUUUCUUGGCUCACUUUCUGCUCUGUUGCUUUCAGUCUGGCAGCUGACACAGCCAUUUGUAGUGUUUUGUACCCUAUUUAUAGAUUAGUAAAAUGGUCUGGGACCAUGCUUCAUAUUUACUCAGUUUUCCAUCACUUAGGAACCCGUUUACCCUUUUAACAGUUAUUAUGUAAGUGCUGCUAUUGAUUUUGUUUUUGACAAAUCCAUUGCACAGCCUUAUUACAAACUGCAAUGAUAAAAACUGGGCAGACCAGUAGACAUAUAUUUUCUGUAUCUGGUUGUCCAGAAUGUUUCAUAUGCCAGUCACCAUCUGCUGAUGAUAUUUAGUGGUAACAACAUGUACAGAUUUUUAAGGUCUGCAUUAAUAUUAAAUAUAGUUGUAGGAACAACACAUUAGAUCCAUAGAGAAAUAUUGUGGCCAAUACAUUGGUAUAACCUGUUUAAAUGUUUUUCUUUUACUUGUGAACAAAAGAGCAUUGCUUCCCAUCUCUCAUUGCAGCCCUAUGUUCCUCGAGGAUUAACAAGAAAUAAACUGAAUUUCUAUC